ACCCACGUGAUACCAUCAUGGCCAGUGACUUUAUUGGUGAUGUUUGGGUAGGAACUUCUUUAGGAGUUUUAAAAGGUCUUUCUGUAUCCAAUAAACAGACUCUUAGUUUCUUACCCGCAGGAUUUCCUCUUGAAAAAUGUGAUAGGACGAGAGAAGUAAUGAGCAUGUCCUGGGAACACAAGAGCAAAGAAAGAUUUUAUAUGGGCCUAAGGAAUGGUAAGGUUCUAUUAUUUGAUUGUCAGAGAAAUUAUUUUGCGGCCGAAACUGAUUUGGGAGGAGGUGGUGGGUGUGGUCACUUUGUAGGCAUCGCAAAGCAUAGCCAUAAUUUAAUAACCUGUAAUGACAAGGGAAUCAUUUCAAUAUGGCCAGACAGUCAGGAAAAGAAGUCUGAGAUUAGUGUGGGCGGGCCAGUUGAUGUCAUGUCUGCUAGUCCUGAAGUUGAUCUGAUGAUGGCGACCGGAGGAAAGAACAACGAUCUCAAAUUAUGGGAUGGCAAUAGGCCUGAUGCUCUGCCUAUUUUUAAAGCAAAAAAUGUCCCUCAUGACUAUCUCAAUCUUCAAGUUCCUGUUUGGGUUACUAGCAUUGGGUUUGUACCAGACACUGGGGAACGUCCCUGUAUUGCCGUGGGAACAGGAUAUCAUCACUUGAGGCUUUAUGACACUCGAGGAAAGAGGAGGCCAGUUUAUAGCAAGUUAUGGGAGGAAGCUCCAAUCACUUGUUUGGAUGUAUCAAGUGAUGGAAGAUACUACUUGGUUGGUAAUAGUCAUGGAAAGAUAGCUAGAAUUGAUAUAAGAAAAGGAACUGUCCUGAAUCGGUAUCAUGGAUUUGGCGGUUCAGUGACUAGUAUAAGCAGCUGGUCUGGUGAAGAUGACAAUGUGUUUGCUGCUUGUGGACUGGAUAGAUAUUUAAGAGUAUACAGAACUGAGCCACCUCAAAUCAUACACAAGGCAUACAUGAAACUUAUUUGUAACCAAGUCCUAAUGUCAGGGCUCCACACAAACUCUGAUAAAGAAGACACUGAUGGGGAGGAACAAGAUGGAAAAGAGAGAGUAAGAGUUGGAAAGAAAAGAAAGAGAGGGAAAGUGUCUGAAGAUGCUGAUGCUAGCAGCACUGAUGAUAGUGAGAAUGAACUAUGGGAAGGAAUGGAACAAGUUGUGACUUUGAAUAAUAAGAGAAAAUCAAAGCAUAAAAUUAAUUAAAAAUAAAGAUUAAAGAUAAUACUUGUCAGAAAAUAUUAAAGAUUCUGUGUUAA